AUGGCCUCCCCACCACCUCCCGCAAAGGUCGACCGCCAGACCACGACCCCGUUCCUCCUACGCCUAUUCUACAAACAGAAUGCGUUCCACCACCCGGACGACUUCGACCCCGCCCGCCGCCUACCACCGAACCUCCAGAUCUACACAUGGCAAAGCUGCACACUGCGCGAGCUCUCCUCCUUACUUCUCACCACACUGCCGAACCUACUGCCGCAGCCAUAUGCCGGCACGCGCGUUGCCUUCCGCCUGAUAUAUGGAGACGUUAAUGGGCCUCAGCGACCAGGCACACCAGCGCGAUUCACGACCAGGGAUCUGGGCAGUGUGAUUGUUGGAGCGCAGACACCGGCGGAUCAGGACAAGGAAAGUGACGAGAAGAUGGAUGUCACUGAAGCGUUGAAGCAGCUGGAUGGAGACCCCGACAAGAGUCUCGCGGAUGCGAAGUUCGUCAUUGGAGAUUACGUCUCGUGCGCCGUCUUUCCUCCACAUGCGGACGGUAGUGUUCAAGCCGCACCGCCUCCUCCGCCAGUUGGUCCCACAAGAGGUCCGCCACCGCGAGACGGGUUUGGUGGACGAGGCGGCGGAAGAGAGUAUGCAAACGGCUACGGAGGGCGAGGUGGACACGAAGGCUUUGGGCGGGGCGGAGGCAGAGGCGGGGGCCGCUUUGACGACAGAAGGGACUUUGGGGGAGUCCCAUCCGGCGAGUGGCGAAGAGGCGAGGCUCCACCCGAGAGGGAACCAGGCUACGGGUGGCGAGGAGGACGCGAAGGUGGACGCGGACGCGGAAGAGGGCGAUGGUAG